GCCAAUCGCAUUGGCUGUGUGAAGUAGCGGGCGCACGGAGUAGACUGACCGAGUGACAGCGUCUGAGUCCCGGGGAGGAGGAUCGCAGAGGCUCCGUGGGAGAAGUCAGCGCCGCGGACACGAUGCCGAACAAGCCGAAGAAGGAGAAGGCCAACUUCAGGAGAGCUAACGGCGUCUACAGAAGAGCAGGAGAACCGGGACCGGGCUGCUUCCUCUCAGUCCCGCCGGUAUCGGGUGGGUGUGUCCCGGCUGCGAGGGAGCCGGGAGGAGCUGGCUCUCUGAUCCGCCUGGGAGCUCCGGGGCUCGGCUGCUGGCUGUCCCCGGGCUGCGUGACUCAUCCCGGCGACUCCGAAGCUGCGCUUCCCCGCAGUCCGGCUCCGGACCACUGGGUCUGAACCAACGAUCCAGAACCAUCAGCUGGUCUCAUGUUGAGAGCGGUUCUGAGACCCGGUUUCUGUGUGAUCAGCGAGAACCUCAGGGUUCUGGUUCUGAUCGGGUCCUGUUGGACCAGCUGAUUUCUCUGGCUCGGUUCCGGUCCGGACCUGAUGAAGUCACUGGAUCUCUAUGGAUCUGCUGCAGAACAUGACCGGGUUCUGGUCCAGAUCUAAAGGAACCCGCAGGUGAUCCCUGCUCCAUGAGGUUCUGAUGGUUCUGAUCCAGAACCGGGUCAGAACUCUUCUCCCUGAACUUCCUCCACUUUAUUCUGAAAAGUUCUCCCCAGGAAGUUAAGAUCCGAUUCAUAACCAUUUUCUUCAUCUUUUGGGCCCGAUUUCUCUGACCCGGUUCCAGCAUUGGUUCUGAUCCGUUUAACAGAGUAGCACCGUGGUUCUGGUUCUGAUUUGUUGUUUUUCAGGAAUCCAGCAAAUCUUCCAAAGGCUCCAAGAACAGCAGCAGCGUGAAGGACGGCGGGCCGGAGAACCCGGAGGAGGUGCAGCAGCAGCAGCAGAGCGGCAACAAGCGCGCCAGCUGCAGCACGCCGCCGCCAACGCAGCUCAACAAGAUCAAAUACUCCGGCGGCCCGACGCUGCUGAAGAAGGAGCGGCGCCAGAGCUCGACCCGGUUCAGCCUCACCAAGAACCGCGAGCUGCAGAAGCUGCCCGCCCUGAAAGAUGCCCCGCCCCCGGAGCGAGAGGAUCUGUUCGUGCAGAAGCUGCGGCAGUGCUGCGUUCUGUUCGACUUCAUCAGCGACCCGCUCAGCGACCUCAAGUACAAGGAGGUCAAGAGGGCGGGGCUUAACGAGAUGGUGGAGUACAUCACGCACAACAGCGAGGUGGUGACCGAGAGCAUCUACCCCGAGGCCGUCGUCAUGUUUUCCAUAAACGUGUUCCGGACUCUUCCUCCGUCCUCCAACCCGACCGGCGCCGAGUUCGACCCGGAGGAAGACGAACCCACGCUGGAGGCGGCCUGGCCUCACCUGCAGCUGGUGUACGAGUUCUUCCUCCGCUUCCUGGAGUCUCCGGACUUCCAGCCCAACGUCGCCAAGAAGUACAUCGACCAGAAGUUUGUUCUGUCGCUGCUGGAGCUGUUUGACAGUGAGGAUCCCAGAGAGCGAGACUUCCUGAAAACGAUCCUCCACCGGAUCUACGGAAAGUUCCUGGGUCUGCGCGCCUACAUCCGCCGGCAGAUCAACAACAUCUUCUACAGGUUCAUAUAUGAGACGGAGCAUCACAACGGCAUCGCUGAGCUGCUGGAGAUCCUGGGCAGCAUCAUCAACGGCUUCGCUCUGCCUCUGAAGGAAGAACACAAAAUGUUUCUGAUCCGGGUUCUGCUGCCGCUCCACAAGGUCAAGUCUCUGAGUGUGUACCACCCUCAGUUGGCUUACUGUGUGGUCCAGUUCCUGGAGAAGGACAGCAGCCUGACGGAGCCGGUGAUUGUGGGCCUGCUGAAGUUCUGGCCCAAAACCCACAGUCCGAAGGAGGUGAUGUUCCUGAACGAGCUGGAGGAGAUCCUGGACGUCAUCGAGCCGGCCGAGUUCGUCAAGGUGCAGGAGCCGCUCUUCAGGCAGCUGGCCAAGUGUGUGUCCAGCCCGCACUUCCAGGUGGCAGAGAGAGCGCUGUACUACUGGAACAACGAGUACAUCAUGAGUCUGAUCAGCGACAACGCCGCUAAGAUUCUCCCCAUCAUGUUUCCUGCGCUCUACAAGAACUCAAAGAGCCACUGGAACAAGACGAUCCAUGGUCUGAUCUAUAACGCUCUGAAGCUUUUCAUGGAGAUGAACCAGAAGCUGUUUGAUGACUGCACCCAGCACUACAAGGCCGAGAAGCAGAAGGAGAAAUACAAGCUGAAGGAGCGGGACGAAGUCUGGAUGAAGAUCGAGGAUCUGGCCCGGCAGAACCCACAGAGCAAUAAGCUCCACCCCCUGCGUCCUGGACUCCACCCACAGGAAGAGUUCCUGAUGUUCAGCGAUGGCGGUCUGGCCUUCAUCUCCAUGGAGACGGAAACUCCGACAGCGGAGGACAUCCAGCUGCUGAAGAAGACGGUGGAGACGGAGGCGUCCCAGGGGGCGAAGGAGCUGCAGAAGGACAAGGCGCUGAUGCGCAGGAAGUCAGAGCUGCCGCAAGACGUUUACACCAUCAGAGCUCUGGAGGCUCACCAGCGGGCCGAGGAGUUCCUCACAGCCAAUCAGGAGGCGCUCUGACCCCCAUGAGGCCCCGCCCUCUCCGCGACUCCGCCCCCUGGUGGCCAGAACCAGUAGGACACUAGAAGCUCCGCCCGUCUAUCCAUGUGCCGUGUCUCAGCGCUCUACUGUGAUUGGACAUCAGCCACAAACCACGCCCACAUCUCCCCAGAGGCUGCUGCGGUUCGAACCGCCGCCGAGCGCCUGAACGCAUCGUCGGAUUCCACGGCAGGAACCCGGAGGUGCGUCCCGAUUGGCUGCCCUGGCCCCGCCCCGUUGUGGUGUUUCUAUGGAAACUGGGGCCUUCAGGCUCUACUGCACUUGAACGCAGCGUGGAUGAAUGUCCCCAUGACCUCUGACCUCAGUCAGCCAAUCAGGUUUGGAUCCGCAGAGACGCAGUGAAUGUAGGCGUGGCCUCCGCCAGGGCUACCGCCAAUCAGGGCUUAGACCCAAACACCAAGAACCAGGCCCGGUUCUGAUGGUUCUGAAGGUCCGGUCACCACAGGAAGUGAUGGGAUGGCUGCAGGUUCCUCCAGGCAUUUCAAACAUGAACUCUGAUUGGUCAGAGGAAACAAGUCGUCUAAUUAAGCAGCUCUGAGGUGGGGGAGGGGCUUUGUGAUGUCAGUGAGGCCACGCCCACAACACGUCUUUUUUUUUCUUCAUGGCUCUUCCAGCUGUUGAGCCUGCAUGUCAUCAUCCCAUUGGCUGUGAUAAGCUCCGCCCCCCAUGUCGUGACACCACCAGGCGGCGCUGUUCCAGAUGUUUAUUGAGCAUCACACGGUGAUUUGUACAGAUGUUCAUGUACAGCAGAAAUAAAGCAGAUCCCGCCCACA